AAUUUGUACUUAUUUCAAUUGUAAUUCUCUUUGACUUCACAGUCCACCCAAGCUGCAGGAAGUCAUCUCCAGUUCCUCCGAAGCGUCGUCUCCUCAGCCGGAGAAGAUCACGCUUCACGAUCUGACCGACCCUGUGCCAUUGCUGUCUGUGGAUCAGGAGAAACUCCAGGAGUCACACACAGACGAACAUGACGCAGCUGUGGAGGAGGAGGAGAGGAGGAUAGAGGAGAUGAGGGAGAGCGAGAGCGAGAGAGAGGAGGAGCAGGAGAGAGAGGAGCGAGAACACCACACCAUUAACAUACAAGAGGAUCAACAUGAGGAACAAGCUGGAGACCACAGAGAGGGGACAGAGGGUCAUGUGACGGUAACCAGCGCAGUGAUUGGAGGAGGAGCGGAGGAGGCGGGACCAGGAGCAGAUGAUGUGGCCAAUCCUCUUCACAAAUACAUGAUGAUGCUCAUGCAGGACAAACGGAAGCAGCAGAGCUCAGCUCAGGAGGCGUCAGAGAAGCACAGUCUGGAGGAGUUUGAGUCUGAGAACGAGGAGCACAGUGUUGAGCUGAUAUCACACCAGGAGCCAGACGACGACUUCUGGUGAACAAGUCCCCGUAUCUUCACACUUUAUACAGAAAUCUUGAAAUACUAGCUGGAAAAUGAAUUGUGUGAAUGAGUGUUUUUAUCAACUUAAAUGCUGACUUGAAUAAAUUUAGUAUCUUUUGUUAAUG